AUGGAGUCAAAUGAGGACUUCAUAGAAACAAUGAAAAAAAUAUAUCGCCUUAACACUUCUGAUGCCAAAGAAAUUGAAAGCCUUUAUCAAGAUGUAAAGAACAAAUUAAUCGAAACAAAGAUUGUUGCUGUAAACAAAGUUUUGAAAAUACUUGAUCAUUCUGCUAUUUUUAGAAAUCGUUACUUGCGAUCAUGUCUAGCAAUUAUGAAAAGGGUAUUAGAGGAUUAUCAUCCAAAACCAAGUCGAGCUAUCAGGCCCAUUUUUCAGUACCUUUUAUUGGAAGAGAAUGGAAUUGUUUAUGAUGAAGAACAUCUCAAACAAUUAGAAAUAUAUGAAUCAAGAAAUUUUUCUUCGUCUGUCCACAAUUAUGACACAAUAAAUAGGGCUAUAAUGAAUGAUGAUUACAAAUCAUUGGUAUUUUUCCUUGAAAAAGAAGGUUUUGAUCAGGAUGCCAUAUUAAUUAGCGAAUUUUAUCCAUAUGCACUUCUAUCUUUGCUCGAUUUAUGCUGUUAUCAUGGUUCUGUUGAGUGCUUUAAGUUGCUAUUGACAAAAGUAGAACCAAAAAUCACUCAAAAUUGUCUUGAUUUUGCAUUUUCGAGCGGGAAUCCCGAAAUUUUAAAUGAAUGUUUGAAAUAUCGGAAGCCAAGUCACAACUGCAUGAGAUAUGCAAUAUUUUCGCACAACAUUGACUUUGUCAUGUAUCUUUUCCAACAACAUCAAAUACCAAUUGAUUUAUUGGCAUGUGUAAUAUAUAACAAUCUUGAAGCGUUUUUGGCUUAUUAUGAUUUGACAAAAGACAUUGAUGAAUGUUUUAUAUAUUCAGCUUGUUUAAAUCUUCCCUCAUUAUGGGAGUAUUUCCUUUCAAAUGGUGCAAAUAUUAAUGCAAGGAGUAAACAAGGCAAGACAACUGCAUUACAUUAUGCAGCAAUGUAUAAUUGCUAUCAAGCAGCAGAAUUUCUUAUAUCACAUGGUAUAUAUAUCGAUGCAAAACAAGAUACUGGCAUGAAUGCUCUUCAUAAAGCAGCAAACUUUAAUAGCAUUGAAAUAGCAGCUGUUCUUAUCUCGCAUGGAAUUGAUAUAAUAGGGAAAGAUUUUCAUGGAAAAACUGCGCUACAUUAUGCUUCAGAAGAUGAUAACAAAGAAAUUGCAAAUCUUCUUAUUUCACAUGGCGCAGAUAUCAACGCAAAAGAGAAUUAUGGAUUUAAUCCUCUUCAUAUUGCAACAUUGAAAAAUCACCAAGAUAUUGUAAAUCUUCUCGUUAUUUCUGGAGCGGAUACUAAUUUGACUAAUAUCGAAAAUAGAACUGCACUUCACAUUGCAGCAGAAAAUGGUUAUUUAGAAAUUGCAAACAUGCUUCUUUUGCAUAGUGCAAGCAUUAAUAUAAUAGAUGAAAAUGGUUAUACCGCUCUUGAUAUUGCAAUAGAAUUUAAUAAUGAGAAAAUAGCAGAAUUUCUUCUCAAUCAAGUUCUAUAA